UUAAAAAAAAGAAAUAGUCAUCGUUAAUUCCUUGGAAAUUUCCGAGGGAAUUUCUUAAUAGCUUCAAUACAACAAUAGUAAAGUAAAAGGCACAGCGUUAUAUUGGUAGCUUCUAGAUUUAAAGAAAAGACAGUAUCUGGAGUCAUGGCAAAAGACAGAACCUUGUGGCUAGUUGAAGAAAUUGAUUCUGUUCUAGCAGCUGACCUGGAUACCAACCUCUCGGGCUUGGGUGUAGGCUCAGAGUCAUCAGCGUACAACAUGAGUGAAGCCAUUUCAGCAUUGCAGUGUAUAAAAACCGAAGAUCUCCAGAUCACUGAACACAGUCACAAAGAGCCUAUAAAAAAUCCUGUAUCUGAAGACAAAGAUGUUCCAGGAACAAAAAAAUUGUCCAGGAAUGAGGUUAAGCACCAGACUGCACUUACAGACUUUUCUAAAGCAUUAAAAAAGUUUUGUGUGAAUACUAGCAGGAGUACAGACACUGAUUUCCAAAUGAAUGAAAACUUGCCUGAAGUGUCUGUGAUCGAUAGUGGAAGGUCUGCUACUGGAGUGAGUCAACCAGAUCUGACAUUUGUGAGUGCUCCUUCAGUGACCAAUUUUAUGUCAUUUAUGAAUCCAGGACUAAUUAUGAAGGAAUCUGGGGAGAAAAGACUUUUUCAAUGUGUACUGGGUGCUCCCACUGCCUUAGGAGUUAAGAUAACAGAGGAGACAUUGACUUACCUGAACCAAGGAAAGCAGGGCUUAUGUACAUCCUCCGGAUGCAAGUGCAAUAAGUCACGUGGAAAGUGGAGAACUGUGGGACAGUCAUAUGAAGUAAGAAUUAGGAAAAUGGGAGAUCCACCAGAACUAAAAGGAAAGAUGUUGAAGAGUUUUAUCAAAGUGAGAUUUCAAGAAAGAAGAUUGCAGUAUCGAGAAAAGGAAGAAAUAGCUGCUUGGAAAAUCAGUAGACCAGGAGAAAGAAUUCUGGAUGUUGACCUUCCACUGUCCUAUGGAAUAUUCGAUGUCAAUAUUGAUCCAGCAGAGAUAAACAGCUGUCAUUUUGUAUGGGAUCCUGCUAGAGAAGCUUCCAUCUUUAUCAGAGUGAACUGCAUCAGUACUGAGUUUACCUCUCGAAGGCGAGGUGGGGAAAAAGGAGUCAUACUUCGUUUCACAAUUAGCACUUGGACUCAUGGGGAAAAGAAAUGUCAACAGCUCGACUUAGCAUCUUGUCAGCUCAAAGUGUUCAAGUCCAAAGGAGCAGAUAGGAAACAUCGAACAGAUAGAGAACGAAUGGAAAAGCGACCACCAGAAGAUAAAGAGAAAUAUCAACCUUCAUACCAGUGCACAAUUUUGACUGAGUACCCACCAGAUUCGUUAGUUGAUCUUCCUGAGUCUCCCUGUUCCACGGAAAUUGAGCAUCCAACAAGUACCUCAUUGGAACUUAAUUUAAGUAAAGAUUCACCCUUAGGUUCUCCUGAUCAGUUAACCAAAAGCUCCUCAUCUUUGGCUUUAUCUUCAUUCCAUGAAGUUCCAGAAAGUCAGCCUAAAGAAGUCAUACCACAAGCUUCAUACACAGUUUUGCCUUAUUGCUCCUCUGCUGAGGAAACAGCUCAGUGGCUGAAACUUAAUAGGUUUGAAAAAUACCAGUGUACAUUCAGUAAUUUCUGUGCUUCAGACAUUAUGCGACUUAACCGAGAUGAUCUCAUUCAAAUUUGUGGAGUAGCAGAUGGAAUUCGUCUAUACAACGCCCUUCACUCCAGAACCAUUCGCCCGAAAUUAACAAUAUAUGUUGCAAGUUCAAAUGACCAAGCUUUUCAUGCUGUGUACUUGGAGACUUUUACAGUUCGAGAUCUUCUGCAAAAGUUUAAGGAGAUUUUUAGGCUUCAGAAGGAGACUGUGAACAGUAUCUAUAUGCUGGGUCCUUCUGGGAUACGUUUUCAUGUCACAGACAUG